GUGUUUUUCUUUUUGCAAUUGACGUCACUUCAAUGGAAUAUAUCUUUAUUUACAUUUACAUUGGCUAUAAAUGAAUGCCGUUCUUACGACGAAGUUGUUGUCAGUGUCAAUUUUUAAAUAACUAACUUCUUAAUUGUAAUUAAGUCAUACGGUUUAAGCGGAAGGCUAGUUAGCAGCGUGGCUAUUUCACGUGGUAUUUCAGAGCCUCUAGUUGUAACCGGCGUUAGCGCUGUUGCUCCAGUUUUACAAGACAGAGGAUUUUUUCGGUGUAUUGUCUGGUAUGGCAAGCAACAGAAUGAAAUUGGAAUUGUCCCGUGUAGUUCAGGGAAGAAGUCGGCUGGGUGUCCUGACAGGACUGGGUAGAACGUCACAGCACUCACUGGAAAUCCCUGGCUGCCUGCUCUACACGCACUUGGGCACAGUCCCGCAUCUUACACAGGACACACUGCAAACACUGAGAAACAUCCCCUCUGUCACUCAGGUCACCCUGAAUCAUAUAGCAGAGCAGCAAGAGGUGUUGGAGGAUUUUAAGCAAGGAUUCACAAAGUUUGCAGGUCUGCAUGACACAGUAUUGUAUUGUUCACUUUACGACCCUGCAGCCCCCUGUCCUACAGGUUUCAACACCAACAAGACUGUGUCAGUGUGGGGCAGCAGUGGGCGGAUCGAGCUAACCGUUGAUAAGUUCAUGGCUCUUCAGAAGACAGUGCAGCCAGACUGGUACCAGACUAUGGCAGACGGAGAGACCUGGCAGAACAACACUUCUCGCAAAAGGGUUCGAAAGUCUGUGGACCGGACUCUGGCACAUUUGGACGAGUGUCUACUGCUACACCAGAAGUCUCAGGAACUGGAGGGAGCCGAGGUGUUUGGCGUGGUGCAGGGAGGAGACAUCCUGGAAGAGAGGGAGCGUUCGGCCAGGGAGACAGCCAAGAGGCCCGUGGCAGGAUUCUGUCUGGACGGCUUCCAGUCAGACUCCAUGGAUCAGUCUCUGAGGACCCAGCUGAUUGCUGCUGUGUCUAGAGUGCUGCCAGAAGACAAACCCAGGCUGCUGCAGGGAGUCGGACGACCUGACGAGGUGCUGGACUGCGUGGAGGCCGGCGUCGACCUGUUUGAGGGUUUCUUCCCGUUUCAAGUGACGGAGAGAGGCAGUGCUCUGUGCUUCGACUUUGACAUCUCGUCUAACCCGGAGCGCGCAGGUAGAGCGCCCCCUGCAGUGCUGGAGCUGAAUGACAACCAGAGGGACCCAGCAGGAGAUGUGCCACAGAAUGGAGAUACUAAUCCUGAGGAUCAAGCAUCUGUAACGCCCUUUGAGAUUAAUCUCAAAGAUAAAAGGUACCGGGAUGACUUCAGGCCCCUGGUGGAGGGGUGUGGCUGCUACUGCUGCACAAACCACCAGAGGGCGUACCUGCAUCACCUGCUUGUGACCAAUGAGCUGCUGGCUGGAGUCUUGCUUAUGAUCCACAACGUGGUUCACUACCAAGGCUUCUUCAGUGCCCUCAGAGAGGCCCUGGCCAAUGACAAAGUGGAGCUUCUCAAGAGAAGGAUACGUCGUCCAAGAGAUGAACAGACGGAGAGCAAGGAAUAGAACGGAUAAAUAAAAGAAUGGGAUGUGAUUGAUCUUACUCUCCCACCCUGAGGAUCAGUGGACUGACUUGUCCGGGACAAUCAGAACACUAUCCUGUUUUCCACAGUGCCUUCAGUGAAGGGGUGUACUGCAGAGACCUUGAGACGGAGUCACAACAUAUUUUGCCAAAUUCAUGUUUCUUAUUCGACAGUUUAAAAAAUGUUGGAGAAAAACUGGGGACGGGCGGGGGGCCAGGGGGUGUGAUGAUCUGUCGCCUGCCUUCACAUCAGUUAUUCAGUGCUGUCUGAAUUUGUUUAUUGAUCUGAACAGAUAUGGUCAGGAGUCUGAAGAGAGAAAGUGGCUGGAUAAGAGGUCAAGGAGAAUUUGCAUAAAGAAGCAUAUGGAUGGACAGUGGCGUAUAAUUGACUAUGACUGAUUCCCCAUGUGCGUCUUACCCUGGCCUGAUAGCAGGUCAGCAAAUGACUAAUGACUAAUGGCAUCGACACUGCUUUACCAACCAUAAGGGGAGGGGGCUGAGUUCACAGUGACACCUUAUUACUGCUGGAACAAUACCAAAAUAGGAACUGCUUUUUAUUCAGACAACAACAUUUUAAAACGUUUUUCCAAGGAGAGUUCUUUGUAUCUAUUUUACAUUGUAUUGAUGCGUUUUACAUUACCAUUUAUCAUAUGAAAUAAACAUACAGCAAUUU